GGGCCGUGCGUGCCGCCGUUGAUCGGGUGCUGCGGCGAGGAGGUGGUGCUCGGCCGGGCCCUGUGAGGGAGUGAGUGCGGAGGGGAGAGUGAGAGAAGGGGAGACAGGAGGGCUCGGCUCGUUGUCGCGGUUGGCGUCGGUGAGUCCGCCCCCCCCGGGGGCCGCAGGAAAUGAGCGAUAACGAUGACAUCGAGGUGGAGAGCGACGAAGAGCAACCGAGGUUUCAAUCUGCGGCUGACAAACGGGCUCAUCAUAAUGCACUGGAGCGCAAGCGCAGGGACCAUAUCAAAGACAGCUUCCACAGUUUGCGGGACUCCGUUCCAUCACUCCAAGGAGAGAAGCAACAGGCAUCCCGGGCCCAAAUCUUAGACAAAGCCACAGAGUAUAUCCAGUACAUGCGAAGGAAAAACCACACACACCAGCAGGACAUUGAUGACCUCAAGCGGCAGAACGCUCUCCUGGAGCAGCAAGUCCGUGCACUGGAGAAAGCGAGGUCGAGCGCCCAGCUGCAGGCCAACUACUCUUCCUCGGACAACAGCCUGUACACCAACCCCAAGGGCAGCACCAUCUCCGCCUUCGACGGGGGCUCCGACUCCAGCUCCGAGUCAGAGCCGGAAGAGCCCCAGAGCCGAAAGAAGCUCCGCAUGGAGGCCAGCUAAGCAGGGCAGGCCAGCACUAAAAACUGUCUGUCUGUCUCCUCCUCCUCCUCCUCUUCCUCCUCCUCCUCCACCGUCUCCUCCCUCAGUUCAUCGUUAGACACCCCUCCAAGCUGUUUCACAGACUCUUUAUUUUUCUUUUUUUUUUUUUUUAAAGUAGAAGCUCUUGGACUGCAGCUUUCACCCCCCUCCCCCCUCCCCUUCAGCAGCUCCCUCUCCCGUCAUAUGUUUUUCAACCAAAACAUCCUAACUUGGCAGCUCUUUCUGCGGAGGACAGAUGGACGGACCCCUAAGCACAGGCCGCCGCCCCGCCUGCCCAUCCUGCCGGGCUCCAGAGCAGGGGCGACUCCUUUCUCCAACACGAGCCCCACCCUUUCUCCCCUGCCCCUCAUUUGAUAGACUUUGUGAAUCUGCGAACUGCUCGAGCUGUAGAAGAAAAGCGGUUGGGAAUAAUCAGAUUUGCCCUGCUUAAACAAAAAAGAAACCAACAACGGAGAGGGGGAGUUGUUUUUGUUUGUUUUUCUGUCCUUUUUUUUUUUUUUUUUUAGACGAAAGUGUUUUGGUUUUUUUUAUUUAAUCGCUCCCGCUAGAAGGGCCAGGCCAGCGGGAAGGUUGCGGUUGGCCGAGGGCAGGUGGAGUACAUUUUCAGCGGAAGGCCGUGCGUCUCGGCCACCAAGUUGGCAGGUGAAGCCGGCUAUUUUUUUUGUUUGUUUUAAAGCCUGAAUUGCCAGCAUUCGGGUGCGUCAGGUGACACCCAUAUGGUGCGUAUCUGGAGGCUGCAGCAGCGAGGCAUUUUGGGGCACCCGGGGAUUGGCGUGGGUUUGUGUUUGCGGUAGGGAGGAAGGGUUUGGGUGAGGGUGGCGGGCACUGUGUUGAGGGCAAUCGAUGAUGUUUUAAUAUUUAUUACCUGCUACUGAAAUUUUGAAUCUGACUGGACUUCCCCCUCUCCCCGAUGAUGUUGAAACUGUAAAGCGACAGAUUCAUAAAGUAAUGAUCAAACUCUCCCUUUCUCUCUGUGUGUAUUUCUAAGAAAUAGAGCCAACCGUUUUUUAUGUAAAUACACCAAGAGCAUCGUACUGGUACUAAACCCUGCAGGUUAGCGCGGACUCCCUCCUCCCCGAUCCUCAUCCCCAUUUCCCUCUUGCUCAGGGACCCGCCGCCUCCUCUACGAGAUGCCCCUCUCCCCUCCCGCCCGGCCCCAGUCCUGGACACGGUCGGUGGGUCCCAGUGGAGGGAUCGUGCGUUUAAAUCUUUUCUUCGUCUUUACCCCCACCGUACUCGACUCCUGGCGUUUGCUGAUCUCUAGUGUAUACUAUGUAGUCUCGGUCCAUGUUUGAUUCCAUUCCAUGGAAAUAAAAAAGUAUGUUGUACAUACUGCCCAAGAAUUGUCUUGCAAGUUAAGGCUUCCCCCUUUACUAUAAGACUAUAAAUAAAAACUUAUUUUAUCCUU